GCCUGUUGGACCGUGAAAUGUAUUCGAGGACUAUCCGAUGCAUACCCAGUAUUUGGCAUUGCGUUGAUGUUCACUGUCUGAGAGGUCUUCAAUAUCUUUGAGGAAUCUGAAGCAAAAGGUGAAACUUCAAAGUCAGGCGUCUACCAACUAGGCCCGCUGCGAUGAACAAGGCCCCAAAACACCCGCUUUACAAAUUUCAUGGACAGAAGGGUGUUUGAUACAGUAACAGAAUGAAAACAAGACACAAUACACUGUUUUUUAUAUAAAGUCGUACUAAGCAAUCUUCCAGCUAUGUGGCGGUGGCCUGUAAAUAAUCGAGUCUAGACCAGACAAACCAGUGAUUGGUGUAACGAACAACGUCUUGCGCCUUCUAGUUACUGUGACGCAAUCAACUAAACACCCCAGCCAUUUUCGCCCUCUAACGACCUCCGGCACCUACAACUGGGUACCUAUUUUACCCCGACUUCCCCACUGGAAGACACUCUUCACGGUGAAUAGUACCGAUAUAUAAAUAAGACAAACGAAACAGUAAGGCAUGGCGUAUGGUGUCGAUAAGGCCGACGUUUAUGCUAACCUCAUAUGUGACUAUGAAGACAACAUCAUUCAACGACUUGGAGCUAAUACUGACACCAUCCUUCGUAACUUUCCUCACAGAGAUGAAAUCAACGAUGACGAGUUUACAUCUAUCUCGACAGAGACAGAUAAUGAAAGGAAGAGUGGACUCUUCAUACGAAUCCUGCUGAGGAUGAGGAGGGAGCACAUGCUGGAGGCAUUCCUUCACUCGGUGACUGGUGGAGACUACAGUGACAUCCUGUGGAUAUACUUAAAGGAAAGGCUGGACAAGUACCAGGAACUACUAGGAAAGAAAGAUUAUGCCUAGGGAGGGGAAGCCACACAUGAUUGUUCUUUGACGACUGCUGCCGACAUUUCCAACACUGACGAUGACACAUCGCCAGAAUGGUCUGGAGACAAACACAGGCCUAGCGGUGACUCCCCGUCAGCAAGAUCACUAUCUGGAGGGGAAAUAGACAGACUUCGGGCUGAUAGCAAAAUACUACGUCUCGAAUUUCAUGAAGCGGAAGACAGAUUAUGCUCUCAUGAAAAGAAGAUGGCAGAAAAGGAAAGAGACAUGAUGAGGUUGUAUGAACAGGGAACUGGACCCACUCCAUUAUAGACUUGCAUUGCAUAAGCUUACAGUAUGGUUUUGUUUAUGGCCAUGCUGAAAU